AUGAAAAUCGAAGAAGUCUAUAGUGGCGAUAUUGCACAAUUUAUAUUCUUCGACAUUGCCAUCUGCGAACGUCAGAUCGGUAGAAUUGUAGCACAACUUUUUGUCAAAGAUGCUCCAAACACAUGUCGUCAUAUCGAACAAUCGCUUCCUAAAUAUGAGAAUACGUUCUUUCAUAAAGUCUUGAAAAAUUUCGUGAUUCAUGGUGGAGACGUCGUCAAUGGAAAGGUGCUGUUGUACAAAGAAGGAAAAGCUGGUGACAUAUCGUCCAAUGUAUCAGAUAAUGUUGUUCCCGACGAAAACCUUACCGCCACCAUGGACGAGCCCUUUCUUCUUUGUUCGGCCAGUUCAAGAAGUAGCAGUCAGUUCUUUAUUACCACCUCCUCUGCGUCUCACUUGCAAGGCAAACACACUGUUUUCGGGAAAGUGAUCCAUGGAAAAUCUGUCGUGCGUGAAAUUGAACGAGUAGCAACGACUGCUAGUGGUGUUCCCUCCGAAACAGAGCUUCCAAUCAUUCGUGAUGCUGGAGUGUGGCAUCAAGGUGACCCUGUUCCAAUCUACAACGCCUGCUACAAUCAAAUUGGCGGCGAUAUAUAUGAGGAAUAUCCAGACGACGACGAAACCAUUGUUAAGGGGCUGCUUGACUCUGCCUAUGGAGCUGCCACGAUCAUCAAAGAUAGCGGCGGGGCGCUUUUUAAAACGGGAGACCAUACCAAUGCCCUUUUGAAGUACAAAAAGGCUCUCCGCUAUGUGAUGGAGUACAUUCCUGACGAGGACCAAGAGCCCGAAUUUUAUGGUAAGUUUGUUGAGUUAAAAAAGAAGAUCUAUCUCAACCUAGCGCUAGUGACAUUAAAACUCAAGGACUACUCUAAGAGCUACGACUACGGUUCUUUUCUUCUCGACAUGGAUCUAACGAACUCUGAAAAGGCAAAGACGUUAUACCGAAUGGGAUCGGCCAGAUUUGAGCAGAAAAAGUAUGACGAGGCGAUCGUGCACUACAAAGAAGCCAGUACAUUGGUGUCAGAUCCUUCAAUUGUGCGAGAUCUAGAAAAGGCAGAGACAAUGUUGAAGAAGAAAAAGGACGCUGAGAAGGCCAAAUAUUCGAAGAUGUUCGGUUAA